UGUAAAAAAAAGAACGAAGUAAUUUUGUUCCUGUUCUCCUUCUUGGGUAGCUUCAAACUGUGGCACAAUAAGUUCCUUUUUUAAAUUAAAUCUCUGUGUGGAGGCUGUGAAGAGCAGGUAGACAGUUCUGUGCUCUGUCGACUUUAAGGACACUCACUGGGAAUCAGCUAAGUGAACAUUAUGGAGAACAAGAUGACUGAUCCAUACAGUGAUGACAUUCAUAUUUCCAGAGAUAUGAAAGAAAUCCCAACUUCUCCACACUUCACAACGCAGCCUCUCCCACUGACCAUUAAACCAAACAAAUUCACAGGUUUUGGAGACUACGAAUCAGGAAUUACGUAUUCUACAAAUAACAUAUCUGCAGUAAAUAUAGAAAGGCUCACUGCACAUUCGGAAGGAGGAUCACGUAAGAGAAAAAGUACCCCCACCAAAGUCAUUCAUACUGUUCACUCAGAAGAUUUACCAAAAGAAAUCAAUGAACCUGAAGACAUCAAAGUGGAAUUGCCGUCGCCAAAACCCAUGGCUCAAAUGAUUGACUUAAGUAAUGUAGGGUUUCAGUUGUUCAGAACUUUUGAUCACCUGGGUACCACAGGCUUGAAACAUGAGUCUAUUAAACAUAACUUAAUGUGGCCUACCAGUCCUCUGAUGAUGCAUCCUUCUCGAUCAUACUUUUCUAAUGUCACUCCAGACUUUAUGUUCCCUUUUGUUAUGGCACCAUCAAAUCUGCAUUUUCGAUAUCCUCUUCAUCAGAAUAGUCCUCUGGGAACUCUGAGUGGCGGGAUGCCUAGUAGAGAAGAAAAGAAGAACACAGUUGAACGGGUUGAUGUUAACAUUCAAAUUGAUGACAGUUAUUAUGUCGAUGUAGGUGGCAAUCAGAAACGCUGGCAGUGCCGAAUGUGUGAGAAGUCAUACACUUCCAAGUACAACCUGGUGACACAUAUUUUGGGACACAGUGGUAUCAAGCCCCACGCUUGUUCCCAAUGUGGAAAACUCUUCAAACAACUGAGCCAUCUGCAUACUCACAUGCUGACGCAUCAGGGUACCAGACCUCACAAGUGUCAUGUUUGUCACAAAGCAUUCACCCAGACCAGCCAUCUCAAACGACAUAUGAUGCAACAUAGUGAUGUGAAACCAUAUAAUUGCAGCAUUUGUGGCAGGGGUUUCGCUUAUCCAAGUGAACUCAAAGCCCAUGAAACCAAGCAUGAGAAUGGUCGAGAUAAUAUUUGUGUCGAGUGUGGACUUGACUUUCCUACCCUGGCCCAGUUAAAGAGACAUUUGACAUCACACCGUGGUCCUACAUUAUAUCGCUGUGAUGAAUGUGAGAAGACUUUCCAGUAUCCAAGUCAGUUACAAAAUCAUAUGAUGAAACACAAAGAUAUCCGCCCAUAUAUCUGCACUGAAUGUGGCAUGGAAUUCAUUCAACCCCAUCACCUCAAGCAGCACUCUCUGACACACAAGUUGUGUGGGAAGGAGUUUAACCGGAUGCACAAUUUGAUGGGACACAUGCACCUACAUUCUGACAGCAAACCAUUCAAAUGUUUGUACUGUCCCAGCAAAUUUACCCUGAAGGGAAAUCUUACUCGUCAUAUGAAGGUUAAACAUGGAGUCAUGGACGGAGGGUCUGACUCACAAAGCUUCAGGCGGAGAGGGCGAAUUGGAAUUGUACAGAAUAAUCUAAUGAGCAAUUUUGUGCAGGAAGAGCCCUUUGACCUUUCUCAAAAGAGCAGAAUAAAAAUAUCAUCCCAGUCCGAUGGGGAGAGUGCCAAAGGCAGCUCUUGUCAAGAAGAAGAAGAAGACAACUACUAUACAAUAGACCAAUAUGGCCCUGGUAUGUAUUGCAGAGCAGACAAAAUUUAUUUGCCAGAAGAUUUAUCCCAGAAACCAGGAAGGCUCAUUCAAGACUUUAGAGACUCAGACAAUGAAGAGCAGGACAAAGAGGGUAUGAUAAAUGAGGAAGAUGAAGACUUGAUGACCCAUGGAAAAUUUCUGCAGAAUGGAACUGUAACUGACAAAAAUAGCACUACAGCUAUGCACUAUCUAUUUGAUAUCAAUGAAAGCUACAAGGAAUUUUGUCUUGACAGAAGAUGUAGCCCAGUGUGAGAAACAUAAUGGUAAUAAAAUGAAACCACUAUUUUGAUUAAUAAAUCUGCAAAAGAAAUGACUAUGUAAACAUAAAUGAAUUGCUGUUUAGAUAUCAGAAAUAUGAGCUGCAUAGUAGCUUUCGCUUAUGAUGUUUAUAUUUAUUUAGAUCAUGCAGUUCAUCGGCUUGGACUCUAUCUGAUUAAAGGAUCACAUCUUCACAACUCCCCCUUUCUGCAAAAUUGCAACCAGUGGCACUAACACUUUAUGCAAAGCCCUCAUAACUACCCAAAGCUGCAAAUUUUAACAUAUCAUCAAUAGUCAAAAUAUCCAUUUGAUAAACAUAAGGAAGACAUUGCUCUUGUCUGUUUAACAAUGGGCUGGUAAAACUAACAGACUUUAUUCACUGCACAUUUAUGAACAGAUUUAAUCUAGCCUGUGUCACUACAGGGAUAUGAAGAGUCCACUUUGCUUGCCUUCUUCAUAAGGACAAGGAAUGUGUAGGGUCACUGCAAGUCUGUUGAAUAAGCAAAUUAUUAUUGAUAUUUCUCCUGAUAUAAUUUUGAGUAUUUGUUUUAAAUAUACAUGUCAUUGUAAUUACUUAUCGGAUAUUAGCCACUCGCAUUUUUGUGUAUUUUUCUGGUAUAUUUUCUAGCUAUGAAGUAUAUCUUUAAAUUAUGUCUUCCAGUGAAAAUCUUCCAGGUAUUACAAUGCAUGCAAAGUCAUUUUAAGUAAUAAAAUACAUUUGCUGAAGUAUGAGGCAAUGCCGGAACUACUACAAACCAAAUGCAAAUGGAGAAAAUAUGUAACAGUAAAAUAAUCAUGAGUUUCCAGUGAAAUAGAAAAUCUCUUAUGCUUUUCAUCUGCAUCUGAUCUGAAAUAAGAUAAAGAAACAAAAGAAUGCUGUUUUAUGAGAUACAUGAAUGCCUUGCGGUUUGUCUUUUCAUUUAGUCCUUGUGAAGACUUGAGGACCAUUUAUCUAAAUUCCUACAUAAUUCAAGUCAUCCUGGAAUAAACACUGACUUUGAUGCUCAGGAAUGCUAGCCUCACAUUAUAGCUGAAAUACUUGAGUUCCGGUGCUGGCUCAUGCUUGAAAUCUGCCAUUUCAACAUGAAAUAAAAUUAGUUGUUUGGUAGCCAGGCCUCGUAAUGCUGAAGAGAUCUAUUUUUUUGGGAGAGGUUGUGGGGGAUGUGUUUACUUCUCCACUGAGCAUAUAUCCAUUGGCAGCGCCCAUUGCUAUAGGAGAUCAUGCUCAGAUCUGUUAACAUAAAUUCAGAGCUGAAAAGACUGAUUAAAUGCAAGCAAUCAUGAUUGAAAUGGUAGGAAAGGGUGAGGAAAAUUAGGUAUAAAUGUAAAUAUUAAGUAUUUGCUCAGAGAAUAUCACAACAGUAUGCUGUCAUUUUAUCAUGCACGCAUUUAUAAAAUUCUUUCAAACAAAAUACUGGUUAUAUAUGUUGGAAAUCAUUGUUAUCCAGUGUUAUUCAAAAUGUUGAAGCACGGUUAGUAAAGGACCACUAUGGAACACAUGUAGUGUCGACCAAGUACUUGGUGCUCUUCAUCAAAAAAUGAUAUGGAUAUCAAUAUUGCAACAUUGUACCCUUCCUUUAUCCCGCACUCAUUUUUUCUCUCAAUAUUGACAAGACUAACAUUUGCAGUACGUUUUCAAGGUAACUAAUAAAACAAUUAUGAUCUGCA